AUGAAGCUCCUCUCCGUAUUCCUUCUGCUGUUCUUCGUCGUCCUGGCCAUCGCCGCAGCGAGAAGGGAUGAAGAACUCGAUUUGGAUGGCACGCGUUAGUUUAACUAUUCAGGUUCGAAUUUUGAACACCCAACUUGCAGUCGCUCCAGAGUUUGAUGGAAAGUUGUACGUGGACACUGUGUUCGAGUCGCAACAAUCUCUGAAACCACAAGAGGAGACCAAGUCGGAGGAGCUCAAGAACACUGUUUGA